AUGACGGCGGCCGUGCUCCGGGAGGGCGUGCUGGAGAAGCGCAGCGGCGGGCUGCUGCAGCAGUGGAAGCGCAAGCGUUGCGUGCUCACCGAGCGCGGGCUGCAGCUCUUCGCGGCCAAGGGCGCCGGCGGCCGGCCCAAGGAGCUCAGCUUUGCCCGCAUCAAGGCCGUGGAGUGCGUGGAGAGUACCGGCCGCCACACCUACUUCACGCUGGUGACCGAGGGCGGCGGGGAGAUCGACUUCCGCUGCCCGCCGGAGGACCCGGGCUGGAACGCGCAGAUCACGCUCGGCCUGGUCAAGUUCAAGAACCAGCAGGCCAUCCAGACCGUGCGCGCCCGGCAGAGCCUCGGCGCCGGGGCGCUGCUGCUUUCCUAUUACUGUUAUUAUUGUACUGUUGGGCUUCCCUGGUGCCACAGAGCGCUGGUCCCGAUUUCCGGUUCUGCGCCUUCCGCCUCAGCUGUCUCUCCUCCUCCUUCUUCUCAGAGAAAACCCAAGAUCACUGCCUCCCGCAAACUCCUGCUGAAGAGCCUGAUGCUGGCCAAAGCCAAGGAGUGCUGGGAGCAGGAGCACGAGGAGCGCGAGGCUGAGAAGAAGCGCUACCUGGCGGAGCGCAUCCCCGCGCUGCAGACCCGCGGGCUGUCGCUCAGCGCCCUGCAGGACCUGUGCCGUGACCUGCACGCCAAAGUGGAGGUGGUGGACGAGGAGCGAUACGACAUUGAGGCCAAGUGCCUGCACAACACCAGGGAGAUCAAGGACCUGAAGCUCAAGGUGCUGGACUUGCGCGGGAAGUUCAAGCGCCCCCCGCUGCGGCGUGUGCGCGUCUCCGCGGACGCCAUGCUGCGCGCCCUGUUGGGCUCCAAGCACAAGGUGUCUAUGGACCUGCGCGCCAACCUCAAGUCCGUGAAGAAGGAGGACACAGAGAAGGAGCGUCCCGUGGAGGUGGGCGACUGGAGGAAGAACGUGGAGGCCAUGUCUGGCAUGGAGGGACGCAAGAAGAUGUUCGAUGCCGCCAAGUCCCCGACCACCCAGUAG